AUGGCAAGCGAGAAAUACUCGCCGUCGUUCGCAGACCGCAUCGCCUUCGACAACGCUUCUCGCGGCCUUGUGGCAAAGCUCGAACCCUGCCUCAUCAAGGCACCAAACGGCCGCGUGGUCUGGGACAACGAUGCCUAUGAUUUUCUCAACGCGGAAUGCCCGACCACCGCAGAGCCGAAGCUCUGGCGACAAGGGCAAUUGCUUUCUAUCCAAGGCCUCUUCAAGGUCGUCGACGGGAUCUAUCAAAUUCGGGGCUUUGAUCUCUCCAACAUGACAAUCGUCGAGGGCCGGUCAGGCGUCAUUGUCAUCGACCCUCUGAUCUCCGUGGAAUGCGCUGCGGCCGCAUUGGCAUUCUAUCGAAAACACCGUGGCCCUCGCGAAGUCACAGGCUUAAUCUACUCGCACUCUCACGCAGACCAUUUUGGCGGCGCGGCAGGAGUUCUCACCGGACCUUCAACCGCGAAGAUCCCCAUCCUUGCCCCGGAAGGCUUCAUGGAGGAAGUCACCAGUGAGAACAUAUUCGCAGGGCCGAUUAUGCGCAAACGAGCAACCCUCAUGUAUGGAACUAAUCUCCCGGUAUGUCCGAGGGGACAGAUCGGCUGUGGACUGGCCAUGGCGACAUCACGGGGAGCUAAUUCCCUAAUCCCACCCAAUGUCCUGGUCAAAGCUACGGGAGAAGAGCACAUCAUUGACGGGGUCAAAAUCGCGUUCCAAAUCGUGCCCGAGACCGAAGCGCCGGCUGAAGUCAACUUCUAUUUCCCGCAGCACCGAGCUCUGUGCAUCGCCGAGUGCGCCACCCACGGCAUGCACAACAUCACGACCCUGCGUGGUGCCUUGGUUCGCGACGCCAAAAAGUGGUCCCGAUAUCUAGACGAGACAGUCGUUCUCUUUGGCGAGAUCUCCGACGUCCUCUUCGCAGGCCAUGCCUGGCCGACGUGGGGUACAAGGGAAAUCAUCCAACUGGUCUCCGAGCAGAGAGAUCUGUACGCUUACAUGCACGACCAAACGAUCCGGAUGAUGAACGAUGGGAUGUCCGGGAUCGAAAUCGCAGAGACUCUCCAGUUACCUCCGUCCCUGCAACAGGCAUGGCAUGCUCAGGGUUUCUACGGCUCCCUCAGCCACAAUGUCAAGGGCAUCUAUCAACGAUACAUGACCUGGUUUGACGGCAACGCCGCGCAUCUAUGGCAAUACCCACCCCGUGAAGAAGGACAACGUUAUGUUGCUUGCAUGGGCGGCAUGGACGAAGUCCUUCGAAAGGCUGACGAUUUCGUCCAAAAAGGCGACACGCGCUUCGCCGUCACCCUGCUCGGCCACGCCGUCGCCGCGGAACCAUCGCACACGAAAGCAAAGCACGCACUCGCCUCCGCCUUUGAGGCUUUGGGUUUUGGAGCCGAAAACGCAACCUGGCGCAACUUUUAUUUGUCCGCGGCCCAAGAACUGCGUGUUGGCAAGAGAAACGAACGCGCACUCAGUGCUAUGAACGCCAUCAAUCCAGGCCUCUCUGUCGAACUGUGGCUGGCAGGUUUAUCGGUGAAGAUCGACGGCCCGCGCGCCGCGAGGGAGAAUUUCACCAUCCACCUGCACAUCACGGAUAAACAGGAGAAAUGGGCUUUGAUCAUGAGCAAUGGUGCGCUGACGUAUCGACCGCUGCGGACGAAUGCAGCGGACAAUACUAUGGGCCUGAGCCUCACGUUGACGAAGGAAGAGCUUCGUAAGGUUUUGUCAGGAAACUUUAGUGUUGCCGACUCCAAGGCAAAGGGGGACAUGACGCUGAUCAGGCGGUUAUUGUCAUUGGCGUCGAAUGCGGAGGGACCAAGGACUUCUCUUUAA